AUGCUGCACUCCGUUGCCAUGACAGCAGAAGUUCUCUUUGUUCUUGGGUUCCUGAUGAGCAGCACUCUGUCUAAUCCUAUAGCGACCUUGCCAGUGAGCCGAGAACGUCUGGAAAGGGUGUUGACCCAAGCCAGCGAGGACAAACAUCAGGACAAGCAGGCCCGGGAGGAGCCGCUGGGAUAUGGCGCUCAGCAGCGACCGAGGGAAAUCAAUAAUUUGAGCCUGAACAAGACUUCGGUGAGUCGCACCAGCACAUACCCCAAAAUCCAGACACAAGGAUCUAAGGUCGGGAACUCCCGGGAGCUGUGGAAACAGGACAACCUGAACCAAGUAGACGAGGGUCCCACCAGUGACGUCACCCUCUCCCUGGAUGCUAUCGACGAGUACGCCUACCCAGACUACAGAGGGAAAGGCUGCAUGGACGAGAGCGGCUUUGUGUUCGCCAUCGGUGAGGAGUUCACGCCGGGCCCCUCCACGUGCCCUUGCCUCUGCACAGACGAGGGCCCUAUGUGCACCAAUCCAGAAUGUCCCAAGGUUCAUCCUCGAUGCAUUAAAGUGGACACUAGCCAGUGCUGCCCCCUGUGCAAGGAGAAAAAGAACUACUGCGAGUUCCGAGGCAAGAUCUACGCCUCCCUGGAGGAGUUUAAGGUGUCUCCAUGUGAGAAGUGCCGAUGUGAGCCGAGUGGAGAGGUGUUGUGCUCGGUGGCCGCCUGCCCUCAGACUGAGUGCGUGGACCCGGAGUACGAGCCGGAUCAGUGCUGCCCCAUCUGCAAGACCGGACCAAACUGCUACGCGGACACAGCAGUCAUACCAGCCGGCCGAGAGGUGAAGAUUGAUGAGUGCACAAUCUGCUACUGCACAUACGAGGAGGGCACAUGGCAGAUUGAGCGUCAGGCCACCUGCAGUAAGAACGAGUGCCAGCGGAGCUAG